UCGAUAGUUGGCGAUAUGGGCGAUAUACAAAACAAUCCCAGUCACAUUUUAGUCAGCUGUUUCAUCGAUUACAUAAAAAUGACGAGCUCGCUUAUUCUCGCCGGCCUCGGCGUUGCGGCAGUCGGCUUCGCUGGCAAACACUUGCUGCGCCGCAUGCCCCAAAUGACGGCAACGUUCAACGAGGCUCUCAAAAAUUUGCCCAAGUUCGAUGCGGAGAGCAUGGCCAAUGCCAAAUACUACAAAGGUGGCUUCGACCCAAAGAUGAACAAACGCGAAGCUGCCCUCAUUUUGGGCGUCAGCCCAAGUGCUUCCAAACUGAAGGUUAAGGAUGCACAUAAAAAAAUUAUGCUGCUCAAUCAUCCGGAUCGGGGCGGCUCACCAUAUUUGGCGGCCAAAAUAAACGAGGCUAAAGACUUUAUGGAUAAUGCCAAAUAAAUAUUGAGAACUGUGUUUAAAUAAAAACAAAUUAUUGUAUUUAGCAAGUAAGAACUAAGAUUUGCUUGUUUUUUAUUUGAUUUGAUGUAUAGCAUCUAGCUUUAAUUAGCAUAGGCUCCAAAAACUCACUUUAAAAUCGUAUUUUAAUGGUAUCUGCAUUAAAAUUUUCAAAAUCGAAUUUUUCUUAUACUUUGGACACCUCUUAAAAAAAACGGAAUUUAUUUUCAUAUUUUGAACAAAGAUUAAUGGAUUUGUAAUGAUAUCUUCAACAAAACUUUCCAAUUUAAAUUUUUCUUGUACUUUGGAUACCUCUUAAAAUUUUAAUUCCAUUUUUCCUAUAAUUUUUAUAUACUUUGGACACCUCUUAAAAAAAUCGAAAUUGUUUAUUUCUAUAUUUUAAAUAUAGAUUUUAAUUAAUUUGUAUAUUUUGUGUAUUUAAAAUAAAGAUAUUAUUGAUUUUUUAAUGGAAUCUUCACCAAAACUC